CAGGGUAAAGAUAGAUACCCGAAGCAUACUAGAUUAGUAGUUGGGACGAAAGAGAAAGCUCUUCGUUUUGGUAACUGAGAUCUCCCUCCCGUCCGGAGCAAUGGCGGGCUGGAUCUCUUCCAAGCUUAAAGUCGCCGAGAACCUCCUGCAGCAAAUUGAUCAGCAGGCUGCAGAUUCCCUCGGCAAGGCCGACAAGCCGCGGCGCUCCCCUUCCGCCUCUGAUCUCGCCUCCGUCACAGCCAAGCAUAAUCAGCCACAGCCGGGUGCAGAUUAUUCUACAUCUGCCACGAAAUUUCCGCUCCUCAAGAAAUCGACGCCCGAUCUCGCAAAGGUAUCUGUUCUACAAUCCCCUUCUUCAUUUUCUGCCUCGGCAAAACCUACCCCAGAUCCAACAGUCAUCGAUUGGACGGAGCUACUUAGCUCACCCAGUCCGAACGUACCGGCAACAGUUCCUCGGGUCGCAGACGGCAGUGCCGUGCAGCGCCCAUCGUUGUUGAGCGUCGUUAAGAAACCAGCAGUAUCGAAGAAUGGAAAGAGUUCCUCCCGGAGAGCAGCAACCCCUUCUUCUUCCUCCUCCUCCUCCUCCUCUUCUCUCGUUUUUCCUUCUUCUAAAGAACAUCGAGAUGGUGAGAACCAACUUCGUCAAGUGGAAUUACAGAAAUCGCUUUUGUCAGGAGGCGAACCUUUGUUGAUUAGUGAGGCCGGGAGGCUGGAAAUAGUCACCGAUUGGAAUCGGAGUAAAGAAGAGGGUGCAAAGGUGAAGGCUGUUUCUCAAUUUAUUAAUGUCUCCACAAGGCGUUCUUCAGAAAGCGGAAGGGACUCGGAUACAGAAUCCUCUUCCGGAUCUGAUUCAGAGGAAGAGACCCGGCGAGCGGAAGAAAGGAGGAAGCGGCGGGAGCAUAUACUUGCUGAGAAGGCCGCCAGAGCGGCAACCGAUGCUAUUAAGGAGAAAGAAGAUAUUGUUGCGAGAUUGGAGGGAGAGAAAGAGAGUCUGGAAAAGAUUCUUGAAGAAAGGGAGAGGCAGCAGGCGAAGGAGGCUUCAGAAUUGCAGAUGAGUAUGAUUGAGACCAUGGAGGCAGUGGACCUGGAGAAGCAGAAGCACAACAGUACCAGAAUGGAAGCCCUGGCUCGGUUGGCUGAGCUCGAGGCCCAAAAUGCGGUGCUUGCGAAGUCACUUGCGACAGAGCAGUGGAAUCUCGAAGUAGCGCUGAAUCGUGUAGCAGAACUUAAACAGCAGAUUGGAUUUAAGGAACUAACUCAAGAAGAAUUGAAGAGGAGAAUGUCAACUGUCAAGAAACAAGCAUCUUCUCCGUGCAUCAUGGAACCUCUGAGAAAGGAUAGGGUUGAUAGAGAGAUUCUGGAUGCAGAGUAUUCUUUUACUUGUGAUAAGAUUGCAAGGUUGAAGGACAAAGCGCAGUGGCUCGAAGAGAGCAUAGGGAAAACAAAAAGGGAGAUUUUGCAACCAACUGAAGUGGAACUUGAACUGAAGAAAAGACUGAGUCAAUUAACUGAUCACUUGAUUCAAAAACAAACCCAAGUUGAAUCACUAUCUUCUGAGAAAUCAACAUUAGUCUUUAGAAUGGAAAAGCUGUCAAGGAUGCUUGAUGAGAAUGGGAUACCACUGGAGGAUGGCGAAUUUGAAAGCCUGGAUAUUGAAACUGGGAGAUGGCAACAUUCUGGUUAUGCUACAAAAGCCGCACUUCGUGAGAGAAUAAGAUCUGGGCGACAACAACUUGGACUGGUUAUUCGCCAGUUGGAUGCUAUUUUCUCUGCAGGUGCAAUAUUUGUGAGGAGGAACACAAUGGCCCAGUUUUUUUCUUUUUUCUACCUUUUAUGCUUACACCUGUGGGUUUUGUAUAUACUGAUGUCACAUUCACAAGUUUCUGAUGGAGCCAGCCAAGGUUCUUCUUUCUCGUAGAAACCAUCAGCAAUAAAUCAGGUUUUAUAGCGAGUCUGUCAUCUUGGUUUUAUGCCACUUAAUUAGAUAAGUUGCAUUUAUUAUACGAAAUAUAUAUGUUUUUCGGUGCAGGAGGGGGUUAUAUGUAUGGUCACUGGUAUACUAAAUUUUGUUGAUUA